AUGAUUACGGGUGAUGGUAAUAAAAUCCGGGUCGAUGCCGCAUCGAAUACGGGUGCUGGCAAUAAAAUCUGGUCCAGCGCCGGCGCGAAUACGACUUGUUGGCGCAAAAAUCCGGGCCGAUGUUGGCGUGACGAUUACGAGCCGACGCCGGAACUUUUUUCACAUCCAACUCCGUUUUGCUGCUGUGGACCGUCAACAAGCCGGCAUCGAUGCCGGCAUUCGGCGAGCAUUUUACCGGAAAAUUUUGCUAUCUGGGCAUUGUCAACCACAAGAGAGGUAGCACUAAGGAAGGAGAUCAGGAAUGCUGAUGUUGCUGGCUUAUCGAUCGAGUUGGAAGGCACAACUGGCUUCACUGAAGUUGCUAUAUUGGUAGUGGUUGCAAUGUUUGUGUUUCUGGUAGUGGCUGCAAUAUUCGUGUUUUUGGUAGUGGCUGCUAAAGACGUGACACUUGUAAUCUCUUAA